UUGCCUCCGCACAGUAGUGUUGAGCUGAGAUCAGACUCCCGUGGAUCGGAGCAGAGAUCCGCAGCUGAUCGUCAUCACACAGACACACUGUUCGGAUAACACAUCACGUGCAGCAAAACACCGUUUAUGGUUUUAACUGAAGAUUUCACCAUGUCUCGCACCGACGAGGUUCACCGCAUUACGGAAAAUGUCUAUAAGGGCAUCAUGGAACAGUACAAUCCCUGUUUGCGGAAUUUCAUCGCCAUGGGGAAGAACUACGAGAAGGCUCUCUCCAGUGUGACAUUUGCAGCGAAGGGCUAUUUUGAUGCUCUGGUGAGAAUGGGAGAGCUGGCCAGUGAAAGUCAAGGAUCUAAAGACCUGGGGGACGUGCUUUUCCAGAUGGCAGAGGUCCACCGGCAGAUUCAAGUGCAGUUAGAGGAAAUGUUAAAAUGCUUCCACAACGAGCUGCUGUCAGAGCUGGAGAAGAAGGUGGAGUUGGACGCGAGAUACCUGACUGCGGCUCUUAAGAAGUACCAGAUGGAGCACAAAAGCAAAGGAGAGAGUCUGGAGAAAUGCCAGGGUGAGCUGAAGAAACUGCGGAGGAAGAGCCAGGGCAGCAAAAACCCCUCCAAGUACGGCGAGAAGGAGUUACAGUUUGUCGAGACCAUCAGCAGUAAACAGAGUGAGCUGGAAUCCUUCAUUGCAGAGGGCUACAAAACAGCACUUUCAGAGGAACGUAGGAGAUACUGUUUCCUGGUGGACCGUCAGUGCGCCGUGGCCAAGAACAGCAGUGCCUACCAUGGCAAGGGUAAGGACUUGUUAACCCAGAAGAUCCCAGUGUGGCAACAGGCUUGUGCAGACCCCAACAAGCUGCCCGACAGGGCCAUGUUGCUCGCCCAGCAGAUGUGCUCUGGAUCAAGCACCCUCAUCUCCAGCCCUCUGCACUCCUCCAAGGGCAACCUUCUCAUCUCAGAUCCCAUUCCUGGAGCACAACCGCUGCCCGUGCCCCCCGAACUAGCUGCCUUCAUGGGCCAUCAGGGGCGGCUAAUGGGUCCUGAUGGCAUGUCUCUGGUGAACGGGACGACAGGGGUCCAUGGAGACGACUACUGGAACGAGGGAGGGGUCUCUCAGGGAAGACCGCCCUCCCCACCGAAUCAGUCUCAACCACAGAGUCAGCCCCAGAGACAGGUCAGCGACGUCUAUUCCAACACUCUGCCCGUGCGCAGGCCUCAGCCCGCUAAAAACAAGACCACUGUGGGAGAGACACGAACUCUGCCUAGGUCAAGUUCUAUGGCGGCUGGACUGGAGAAGAACGGACGUGCUCGCGUGCAGGCCAUUUUCUCCCACGCCGCUGGUGACAACAGCACCCUGCUCAGCUUCACUGAAGGCGACAUCAUCACCCUGCUGGUGCCAGAGGCUCGGGACGGCUGGCACUAUGGGGAGAAUGAGAAAAACAAGAUGCGUGGCUGGUUUCCUUUUUCCUACACUCGAGUGCUGCCUGAGAGUGACGGCGAGAAGUUAAAAGUCAAUCUUCACCAUGGGAAGAGCAGCAGCACAGGAAACCUGCUGGAGCGAGAGGACAUGUCUUUGCCCAUGCCUGACUAUGGUCUGACUGCCCGACUGUUGGCACAGAGCCUAACACAGACUCGACCACGUCCCUACAGCAUGGCAGGCUUUGCACAGCCAGCGCUAGAGGAUUAUGACAGUCAGUUUGCCCCAAGUUUUGGUCCUGAAUUGUCCCGGUUCUGAGUGUUGCAGGACCUCCGUAAGUCACCUGCCUCCAUCGCUGCUAAGCCAAACCAAUCAUGCCCUUUCUUGUAUCCUUUUGUCAUUUGGUUUGUUUUUCGACUCCCAUUCGCUGUUCGGCUUAAACGGGGCAGUAGGGCUUCACAACUGUUUCGUCUCAUGCCGCCACCUGCCUCUCUGGUUGGUCCUUGGCUUUUUUUUUGAUUGUGUGUGUGUGUACGUGUGAGCUGUAGUUCGUACCAGCCAGAGAGGUCAUAGGUUGCCAGGAAAUGGUGUUGGCGCUGGAGGUAACCCUGAAUCUAACUCUUGCAUGCCUCUAUCAGAAGUAACUGUGUCUUGUCCCAUUUGCAUGCCUGCUCCAAACACCCUUCAGAUGCCUGUUCAUAAGUACAUGUCAAAUGAAUCACCGUAUGCCUUUCAGCAGUCCUUUUUCUUCUGUUUCCCAAAGUGCAGUAGACUUUAAGAUGUUUUGAUGUCGUAGAGUUCAGUGGGUCACUAGCACGGGCCGUGUUUCGCGGCGUACUGACCGUGUUUGUUCUCCACCCCCUCUCUAUCUAGUGACCGUUCCCUGGAGGUCUACUUCAGGCCAAGCAUCAUGGACGACCGAUCCGCUCCUCUCUACUACUAGAGGGGCCGCGCUGCGGCCUGUGCGCUAUACCGCCCUCUUCUGUUCUGUCUGUGUCAUUGCAACUGCAUGUGGAGCACAUGCAUUUACCCACAGGGCACGGAGGAGAGAGCUUGUUGCGUCCUGAAAGGAUUAGAGUAAUCUCUGUAGCUCCAGUACAUUAUUAAUUAUCGGUAUUUGUAACCACCAAUUCACGUAUUUCAAAAGCUUUUGAAAAGGGUUCUGUUCAUGUUAACAAACUGAAUGUGUUUCUUUUUUUCAAUGCCUGACUGUUUAAAAAUGAGAUCUUUUACUUGAAUGAAUGUGUAAAAGUGAGCAAUUGGUAGAUAAAUGCAGUUCUAUAGGGAAGCCUUUCUUUUUCUGUCAGUUCUAAACGUUUUUGUGGCACAUGCCUCUAACACUCAUUUCAGAAAGCUGAUGAAGCCUCUUCUUGAUAAUAAUAUUAAACAGACCACCAUGCUUUGCUAAUGUUUUAGUGAUGCCUCUGUGAAUUCUCUGUCUAUGCAGAGAUCUGUACAGUGUAUUAGAUUCAAUAUAUAGUGCAAUUUCUCAACGCAAGCAACGCAAACACAGGAACUGUGCCUUUUCCUGGGGUUUUGUGCUUAAUGCGGUUCUGAAUAUGUGUUAACUCCACUGGUGUAAGUAAAAGGGAUUUGCGUUUAUGUGAUAUUUUGUUGUUUUGUACUAUUUUUUUUUUCUUUGUUUCUUAGCAAUUUCAAUGACUGUUAUAGAUUUAAGGGGGUUUAUUUGUCUUAACCUGUUGCUUUUGCUUUUUUCACAUACUGAGCAAUACUGCUUAUUAAAUAUCAAAAAAUAGACUUGCUGCAUAACAGUGAAGAUAUUAAAUUGCAGGCUCUGUAAAUAUAUCUUUUGGUUCGUUUCUGAUGAGUGAGGGUCUUAAAAGAACUAGACCAGUCACAAAAGCCAUUGUGUAUAUACAACAUUUGAUUUGUUACAGGAAAAAUAUAUAAUAGGUAGAUUAGAUACUGAUAUGAUUGCAUGUUUUAUAAUAGGGCGUCUACUCUUGGAUUGUUUGAGGAAGGUGGGAAUGUUGAGAUUCUUCGAUGGAGAGGUUGUGUCUGAUCGGCUUUAAAAACCCAUUUUAUAAUGUUUUGUUUUUGUUUUGGCUUUUCUGUUUAUUCCUAUUUAUGGAGAACUGCUAAUGAAUGUGCACAUUCUUGUCUUUUCUGAAAUAAAAAAAGCAAAUGUAAACU